CAGAACAUGGUGGCUUUGUUUGUAAUUGUGAUUUUUGUGCUGGUUUAUAUUUUUAACCAUGAGUGAGGUGGCUGUUACAUUUCCUCAGUCCAGCUGUAAAUCAUCAAUCCUGCUUUUGAUUUCGAUGGUUGAAAUUGGAAGCUAAUUCCGAUCUAUUUCUGAUAUAGAAUCAAAAACAUGACUCCCUUACUUAUUAUUGAAGGAAAAAAGAAGAACAUCAAUAUAACCACUGAUUUAUAACAUUUUAACAUUGUAAAUGCAAAUCUACACACACACUCACGUUCAUAUUGGGUUAUUUAUUGAUUUAUAGAAUUGUGAUUCAUUUUAUUCUUUGUUACUACUGGCUGUUUAACUUUCCCCUCCACAUGCAAACACACACAUCUGCAGCUCAUACAGUCAAGGAGUGAGUGGAGUUCAACUUUGGUGAACUUUCACAUGUGUGACUGUGCCAUUAAGCAGUUUGGAAUGAAACUUAACCUCACAAACUGGUCCCAUCACCUGACUCACCUGAGACACACCAGGAAACAGGUUGUUAUUCUGUUAUUCUGUCAGCACACACACACACACACACACACACACACACACACACACACACACACACUGAGAGACGGAUGAUAAGAUUCACCUUCAGACCAAAACCACCACUUCCACUGAGAGAGGACAUCUACAGGAGGGAAUACUGGGAAUUCUGGAAUACUACCACUUCAACCAGCUGCUGAAUCCACAAACUGAACCAGAGUUUUACAAGAACAACGACUCAAAGUUAAAGUAUCUUUCAGGGAACAGGGAGUGGCUGAGCCGUCUGCCUGCUGUGUUUUCAGCUUCACUCAGAGACUAAAUGGCUUCCAGAUUAGAGGACGAUUUCUGCUGUUCUGUCUGCCACGACAUCUUUAAAGAUCCUGUCAUCCUGUCAUGUAGCCACAGCUUCUGUAAAGUCUGUCUGCAGAGCUGGUGGACAGAUAAACACGUCCAAGAGUGUCCACUUUGUAAGAAAAGAUAUUCAAAGGACUUCCUACCUCCUAACUUGGCUUUAAAGAACCUGUGUGAGAGUUUCUUACAGGAGAGAGCUCAGAGAUCUUCAGAGGCUCUCUGCAGUCUGCACUCUGAGAAACUCAGACUCUUCUGUCUGGACCAUCAGCAGCCGGUGUGUGUCGUCUGCAGAGAUUCAGAAAAACACACCAACCACAGAUUCAGACCCAUCGAUGAAGCUGCACGACAAAACAAGAAGGAACUUCAGGAAACUCUGGAGCCCUUAAAGGAGAAGUUAAAGGUUUUUGAAGAAGUUAAAGUGAAGUUUGAUCAAACAGCAGAACACAUGAAGGUCCAGGCCCGACACACAGAGAGGCAGAUUAAGGAGCAGUUUAAGAAGCUUCACCAGUUUCUAGAAGAGGAAGAGGAGGCCAGGAUGGCUGCACUGAGGGAGGAAGAGGAGCAGAAGAGUCAGAUGAUGAAGGAGAAGAUGGAGGCUGUGAGCAGAGAGAUAGCAGCUCUUUCAGACACAGUCAGAGCCACAGAGGACGAGCUGAGAGCUGAAGACGUCUCAUUCCUGCUCAACUACAAGGCUGCAGUGGAAAGAGUCCAGCAGCGCCCCCUGCUGGAGGAUCCACAGCUGCUCUCAGGAGCUCUGAUAGACCAGGCCAAACACCUGGGCAACCUGACCUUCAACAUCUGGAACAAGAUGAAGGACAUGGUCUCCUACACUCCUGUGAUUCUGGACCCAAACACUGCUGAACCAAGUCUCAUCCUGUCUGAAGAUCUGACCAGUGUGAGACAAGGAGAGGAACAGCAGCUUCCUGAUAAUCCAGAGAGGAUUUAUUACUACUGCUCUGUCCUGGGCUCUGAGGGCUUUAACUCAGGGACUCACAGCUGGGACGUCCAGGUUGGAGACAGUAGAGGCUGGUCACUGGGUGGGUUAGCAGAGUCUGCCCAGAGGAAGGGAUCCAUACCGUCUGGAUUAUGGACAAUAUGGUUAUUUGAUGGUGAAUACAGAACAUUCUCCCCACCAGGUCUAUCCACUGUUCUCGUAGUGCAGAAGAAGCUCCAGAGGAUCAGAGUGAAUCUGGACUGGAACAAAGGAAAGCUGUCGUUCUCUGAUCCUGAUACUAACACACACAUACACACCUUCAAACACACUUUCACUGAGAGGAUGUUUCCAUACAUUGCCACUGGUGAUGAUCUCCCACUGAAGGUUUUACCAGUGAAGGUCUCUGUGACUGUAGGACAACAGAAAUAGAUGAUGAUGAUGAUGAUGAUGAUGAUGAUGACAUGCUGAAUUUUCUUCUCUGAGUCUUUGAGGAACAUGUGACUAUGUUGUCCUGAUGAUGAUGUUGGUUGGCAUGGCGAUGUGGAUGACAUCUAUAGUAUAACAACAAAUAAUAAGUAAGUGUAAAAUGUUUUAAUUUAGAGUCAAAGAUGUUAAAACAACAGACAAAUAGUAUAAACAAACAAAAAUCAGUAACUGUUGUUACACUAGUUUUUGUUAGGACUAAACGAUUUUGAAAAAUUAUUUAAUUAGGAUUAUUUUGAGUGAUAUUGAAAUUACAAUACGAUUUGCGAUAUUAGAGGGAAUGAAUGAACUUUUUACAUUAUUCUCAUUCUCAGUUGUAACUUUAAAAUGUAAAGGCGUAAGCGUUUCAGUUAUCGUCCUCAGUAAAACUACCUGUCAGAGUCAAAGCUUUAGUAAAUGUUGCUUUGUACAUCAGGCUUCAGUUACACAGUCAUAGAAACCUGCUGUUUAUAGUCUGCUGCCACUAGUGCACAAUAAUGCUUAUUGAACCGCUGUGUAUAUUUGUUGAUUUGUAGGUCAACAGACAUCUGAACAUCUGGGUAGAAUUUUUUUUUUUUUUGUUAUUUCUAAAAAUGUUCUGUCAUGAAAAUAAUAAAUGGAGGACUGUGCAGCCUUGGCAGAGAUACACUGUGAGCUCUGACUGAUUUCUAGUUUGGUGAUUUGCUAAAAAAAAACACAUGAGUAAGGAAAAAUGCAUUAUGGGAAUGCUAUUUUGGGAGAAUGAUAAUGUUUUUUAGGACAAAACCAAUAAGUUCUCAUAAAAGCCAAAAGUCUAAGCUGUCAAAUGUUUUUUAUUCCAUGUUUCUAUCUGCUCCAGAGGCUGAGAAAUAAAGGUUUUUGUCAA